UAUUGUCAGCCCUGGCUAGAUCUUGUGUUAUAAUUUCAUAACAAUAACAUCAACAUGUCUUUUACACAAAAGUUGAAUAAUUACACCAAACGAAAGUCCUUUAAAUAUGGCGUUCCCUUUCUAAUUAUGAUAGUAGGCGGUUCUUUUGGACUACAGCAGUUUUCAAAUCUAAGAUAUCAGUACUCCAAGAUGCAACCAGUAACACCGGAAGAAAUGAAGAAAUUUGGUGUGACCAUGAAGAAACGUCAAGAAGUGACUCUUGAAUCUGAAUAUGAUAAGGUAAAAGGCAUAGAUAUUGAGAAUUGGUCAAACAAGCGCGGUCCACGUCCGUGGGAAGAGGAAGGAUUGGCGACGACAACAUCUUCUCCUGCGGCAAAGCAGUAAA